GUAGCAAGUCACUCAGAUCACGUGAGCUCGUGUUGCCUCUGCAGCUCUCAAGCUAGCGGUGGUCUCAAUAGCGACCGGACCGAACCGGACCAAGCUUCGGCCUGUUAACACACAGACCCACAGCUGGGAGGAUGAGCUAACCGGUGGAGAGGCGUUCAGGCUCUCAGGUGUUAUCAGCAGCAGGAUGCCCAUCCCCCCUCCUCCUCCUCCCCCAGGGGGGCCGCCUCCCCCCCCCACCUUCAGCCAGGCCAACACCACCCCUCCAAAGCUGAACAAUGAGGAGGUCAAAGGUCGCGGCGCCUUGCUGUCGGAUAUCUGCAGAGGCACCAAGCUGAAGAAGGUGGCGGUGGUGAAUGACCGCAGCGCUCCUCUGCUGGACAGUAAGACUCAAACACCAAAGAGCCAAACACCUCCCACAGAGCACCCGUACAUUCGCUUAUACCAGUACCUAAGCCAGAGCCAGCCCAAGCAGCAGGGGGCGCUGUCUGAGGAGGCCCAGAAGAAGGCCGGAGGACCGAGCUCCUCUCCGUCCUUCCACAAGCCCAGAGGAGGCGGAGCCGCCGCAGGAGCCAAUGGCAGCAUGCCAGGAAGUAAGUUGAGCUCUGCUCCUCCAAUCGGAGGCCUGUUCACGGGCGGAGUCCCCAAGCUGAAGCCAGUCGGAGAUUUGUCGUCAGGACGACCUCCCUCCACCCGUUCUGCAGCACCUCGCCCUCCGAGCCAUCGCCAUGACGACGCAGAGAGUCCCUCCCCUCAGGCGUUGUCACCGACGGAGACGACUCGACCUCAGCGACCUUCGCUCCCCAACCUCUCCUCCUCCCCUGCCUCCCCCGCUUCUCCAUCUGCCGGCAUGAAGCACUCCUCCUCCGCCCCGCCUCCUCCUCCCCCCCUCGGUCGCCGUGGCAAUGCCCCCUCUCCUCCCUCCUCAUCCUACAACAGAGAGAAACCCCUUCCACCAACACCUAGCAACACUCCGCCCCUCCCCGCCAAGCCCCCUCCAUCUCCUAGCAACAGCAGACGCCCCCCCACCUCUGGUGGAAACUCCGCCCCUUCCAGCUCUACGUUGGCCCCGCCCCCUCCGCCGUACCGCAUCAAUGGCCCAGCAGGGGGCGGCGAGGCGGCGCCCGAGCUGCCGCAGCGCCACAACUCUUUGAGCAACAAGAGACCCGCCCCCUCACCGGGAGGCCACACCCCUACCAGAGGCCCCGCCCCUCCACCGCCACCGGCGUCGCCCACGCCAUCCCAGCAGGGCGCCAGCAGGCCGCCGCCUCCCGUCAGAGAGCCGCCCAGCAGGGGAGCGGCUCCUGCAGCUCCAGCAUCAGCGAGGGCGGCCGGCAGAGAAGCCCCGCCUCCUCCGCCCUACAGGACGCACGGUAGCCCCUCCCUCUCUUCUGACCCCCCCUCCAGAGGAAAGCCUCCCCCGCCCCCGUCGCGCACGCCCGCAGCCCCUCCCCCGCCGCCUCCUCCCCUUCGUAACGGACACUCCUCCUCCUCCAUCCCUCGCUCCUUCGUUGACGACUUCGAGUCCAAGUACUCCUUCCAUCCUCUGGACGACUUCCCGCCUCCGGACGAGUACCGACACUUUACCAAGAUCUACCCGAGCAGAGCUAGCCGAGUGAUGAGGGGAGCUCCGCCUCUUCCUCCUGUCGGCAGGUGAACCUCCAGCUCUUCCCUUCUCCUCCCCCUCACCUGCUUCUUCAUCCUGUUUGUCCAUCUGCACCUCAUCUUCACUUGCAGUUGAUUGGCUCAGGAGAUGUCCGACAGAUCUACCAAUCAGAGAGGAGGACUCUGGUUAAAGGAGCGGCGCGUCUUCCUCCACAUGUUGGAGUUCUGUUUGCACUUUUUGUUUUGAUCAGAUGGCCGCAGGAGGCCCGCUGCUGGUUCUGCUAGCCAACUGGGCCGGGUUCUGACGGUUCUGGAGGAUGAAGAUGAAGUUAUUAAUGACAGAAAACUAAGCGAUUCUUUAAUCAUCACUGACAGAAACACUAAUCAACGAUCCUGGUCGGGUUCUAAACUGGGAUCAGGUCAAACUCUGUGAAGUAUUAAAAACCUGUAACUAUUCACCAUCAUCAUCAUCAUCAUCAUCAUCGCCGACAACGCGUCCAAAUGGGCCGGUUCCUAAACAGGUCGCCUCUUUAAGUGCCAACAUGGACCAAACCAGGACAAACAGACCUGGUUCAUAGUUUCCCAUGAUUCACUGCAGCUGCACGUUGGGCAACAAAACCAUUUGGUUCUGAUCGGGUUCUGCAGUUGGUUCUGAUCCUGAAAUGUGAAAGAAAAGGAAAGUUAAAAUUAAAAGAUUUUGGAGGAAAUUCUGCAGAACCGUCUGUUGGUUCUGAAGGGUUAAGAAGAAGCUGCUCAGUGAUGUCACUGGUUGCCAUGGUGAUUCCCUCCUUUUCUCACAGAAAAUUUUAAAUCAUAUCAAAAUAUUCUUUCUGACCCGGCAGCACCAGAAGCUCCUGCUGGGUUCCCAUGGUUCUGGUUCUGCUGCAGGUUCAACAGAACCUCCAGGUCCAGUUUCACCAAUCAGAUCUGUGAUUGGAUGAGAAGGUGGCUGGAUCCAUAAGGUUCUGGAUGUUGUACCGGGUCAGUACCGCCAUCAACCGGAGCUGAAGCAUUCUGGGAAAACUGUCAAAGUUAACCUGGAAAAUUGGUCAGAACAGAAACUGGGUCGGGUUAGAGCCAGUUGGACAGAUCGGAGUGGUUCUGAAUGUUUGUUUCUGUCAUUCUGAGAACCCAUAAGUUCUGGUUCUGAAGUCGGAAUCUCCUAACGUUUGGGAGAAAUUAAUGAAAGAUCUAAUUUAUUCUGGGGUAAAAUGAUGGAAAAGGUCCGAAGGCGUUCAGAUAUCAUGUGGAUGAGACGAAAGGUUCCAAGUAAAGCCGAAGAGUUCUUCGGACCUCGGCCUGGUUCUGACCAGAACCUGAGCCCAGGAGGAAAUCUUUGAUUUUACUAAUAAAAAUAUUAAAAUGGUAAUUUGUGAUUUCAGCAGGAAUAAAAGUUUAGUUUUGAUUUCCAUUUCUUCUCCUCAGACUGGACUUUCUCCUGCGGUUCCGGUUCUGUAUAUAUUUGUAAUACUGCAGCUUCUGUGUGUUUUGGUCCGGCCAUGUUCUUCCCGAACCGCCUGAUGUUUCUGCAUGCAGAACGUUCUCCUGUCCGGUUCCGCUGGUUCCGGUUCGCCAGCCAGCAGAUCUCCGGGUUUCCAUGCUGGGUCAGAAAUCUCAUGAUUUGCUGUUUGUGUCAGAAUAAACUCGGUGUCGCCCCCUGGCUGCAGAGGACGGUGUCGUCCUGCAGCAGUCCCAGUCCAGCUGCAUGCUCUCUAACUGGUCUAACUGGUCUCUGAAUAAACUCCAGCAGCUUCUGA